CUGGCGACCCUGGAAUGGUGCAUAAUGUUGGCCGGCACUUGGGUGACCUUUUUUCGCCGGCGUGAAGAUUAGGCCCUGGGAUAAUUUUCGCCUGCGUGGCACCACCCACGACGUUUGCCCCCCCACGUUUCAUGGGCAGUGUUUACGCGAUAGUGCUGUGAGGAAGGUGAUGGGUGUGGCCAGGGACGUUGUGCUGCACUGCGUCCUCUUCCGUUUUGGCUUUCAGACCACGAUGGCCCGCCCGAGGCCCCCGAGGUCUCUCCAGGUAGCCAGGUUGCCGAAGACGGCUGUAAGUCCGAAGGGCCAAAAGUAUUCGUUCCAGACGCUCUACGGUGUCAUUGUUGCCUCUAGCCGUUUCCGCUCAUCAUCUUUGUCCAGGUGCCAUGCGCGGCCAGCUCGUCGGCGUCGGCAUCGAUAGAAUAUAGGGCGAGAGUGUCGGAAGAAAAAGGGGUCGUCUUCGCAGACAUCGGCGCGUAAUUUACCUGCGUACGAAGUCGCCCGUACGCGAUUUCGUUUCUAAAGUAGCGUGCCGCAUUGGCGGCCCGCGUAAGCCAGCGCGUAAGGUUGCCAUGCCAUCUCGCGGAAAAACCGUGUCUUUUCGUCGUUCAUGUGUGUUUGCCUUGUUCGGUUCCGCCGAUAGCGCGCAGCUUGUAUCGGCCUUGGCAACACUGCCUGCGUCGCAGUGAAGUGCUUCGGUGGACAAGCACAUACUAGCGCCGAGUCCAAUUCUGCACCUUGUGCCAGAUCAGGCUUGAGCUCGCCAGGUGCGCCGAGGGAGGUCGCAGAGGCGGCCCCCAUCGUGCCCACGGUAGUGCCGGCCAGCAGGAGACCAGCCGCAUCGUGGGCAGACGUUCCGUGGUGUCUCGGCCGCCGCGUGCCGAAGCCGCAGGAACCGCGUCAAGCGAUUGGCGCUUGCGAAAACGUCGUGCCGAGGAGCCUCCAGCCGCGCCUCGUCCCCCGCCCCACGAAGGCCGUCCUGGCGCCGCCGAUGCUCAGCCCGGCCCCGUCCGCGCCCAGUGCCCCGGCCGCCACGCCUCAAGCGGCUGCAGACGCCUUCCUCGCCGCCGCCGCGGCGGGCCAGCGGGCCGGCGCGCAGCGCUGGCCGGGCAGGCCUUUGUGCACGGGGCCCAACGGCGGGGGAACGCCGUGGGACGGGCCUGGGGCGGGCAUGGCGGAUGAGGCAGACGCCACGUUGUCCAGGCGCCACGACGUCAAGCCGUCCACAGACAUCAAGGAAGAUCAAGGACAGGGAGCAUGGCCAUACUACUCAGAGCACGCAUUUGGGACACACCUCCAGAACAUGCACCACUGACAGACAUUCAAGGCACACGUCA